AUGGCUCGUAUCUCACGAGAUUUCAAGAAGCAACCAGCGAGCACUGCACAGUCAGGUCCAACCGGACGACGAGUGACAGCAAUUGCGCACCACUACUUUGGUGCACAUGGAGGAAAGACGGAGAAGCAAAAUGGGACUCGAAUCGAACCGAAUCGAAAAGAACUAGCCGCACCUCUCUGCACUGCACCUUUGUUUGCUAAGUGA